GACCUCACGGACCGACAUUCUCGCCGCGCCAAUAUUCCUACCUUCAACACCGCCUCCGCGCCGGGUCACUCCACCGCCGAUAUGGCCACCUCCGGGACCUUCGAUAUGAACUUUACCCCCCUUCUUCCCUCUCAGCUGCUCCUUGGCAGUCCCUUCCAGCCUGGAACCCCUUCCGCUUUUACUUCGCCGCAGUUUACCAACUUUGGUGGUUUCUCUCAGCCCAAUGCGCCCGCACAUCCUCAGAACCCCCAGAACCAGAUCGGAAGUCCGACACAGGGUACGCAAAACGGUCUAUACUCGGGAAUGAUGCCGGCCGACGGCAUGGGUAACCAGCAGUACAUGAAUGGUCCGCAGUCGCCCAUUAACGGCAGUAUGGGAGGUUUGGGAAAUGCCGCCUUUGGAAGUCCCGCGGCGUCGGUCACCCCGGGCCUUUUGUCGGGAACGAGCCGAACCGUGUACCUGGGUAACAUUCCCGCCGAAACGUCCGCUGAAGAGAUCCUCAACCACGUCCGCAGCGGCCAGAUCGAGUCGGUUCGCCUCCUCCCUGACAAGAACUGUGCCUUCAUUUCCUUCCUCGACAGCAACUCAGCCACCCACUUCCAUUCCGACGCGAUCUUGAAGAAGCUUGCAAUCAAGGGUAAUGAUAUCAAGGUCGGCUGGGGGAAGCCUUCGCAAGUCCCCACGUCCGUGGCGCUCGCAGUGCAGCAGUCUGGCGCAUCGCGCAACGUCUACCUUGGUAACCUGCCCGAAGAAAUGAGCGAGGAUGAGCUGCGGGAGGAGCUAGGCAAGUUCGGUCCCAUCGAUACCGUGAAGAUCGUCAAGGAGAAGGCCAUCGGAUUCAUUCACUUCCUGUCCAUCAGUCACGCAAUGAAAGCCGUGACCCAGUUGCCCCAGGAGGCCAAGUGGCAGGCUCCUAAGCGGGUCUUCUACGGCAAGGACCGCUGCGCCUACGUGUCCAAGACGCAACAGCAGAACGCCGCCCAGUUUCUGGGGAUUGCGCCGGGAUAUGCGCAUAUCCUCAACUCCGCUGACCGCGAUCUGAUCACGAACGCUCUCGCCCAGCAGUCUGUUGCGGCGGCCGCCGUCGCCACGACCGCUGGAGGAGUGAACAACCUAGGCAACCGCACCAUCUACCUUGGAAAUAUUCACCCCGAGACCACCAUCGAGGAGAUCUGUAACGUGGUUCGCGGUGGUCUGCUACACCACAUUCGUUACAUUCCCGACAAGCACAUCUGCUUCGUUACCUUCAUUGACCCGACCUCCGCCGCCUCUUUCUACGCACUGAGCAACCUGCAAGGUCUGAUGAUCCACAACCGUCGGUUGAAGAUUGGCUGGGGCAAGCACUCAGGUCCUCUCCCGCCGGCCAUCGCCCUGGCUGUCAGCGGUGGUGCCUCGCGUAACGUGUAUGUCGGCAACCUGGACGAGACCUGGCCUGAGGACCGCCUCCGCCAGGACUUCUCGGAAUACGGCGAGAUUGAGCUGGUCAACACGCUUCGCGAGAAGAGCUGUGCUUUUGUCAACUUCACCAACAUUGCUAAUGCCAUCAAAGCUAUUGAAGGCAUGCGCAACCGUGAAGAGUAUCGCCGGUUCAAAAUCAACUUCGGCAAGGAUCGCUGUGGAAACCCACCGCGCCAGACCGGUUCCCAGCCUAACCGCAAUGGAGCCGGCAUUGACGGUCCGCAAUCGCCAUCGCCAGCGCUCAACGGCUUCCACCAGAAUCUCAGCCAGUCCGGCUCGCAGUCCAGCCCCACACACCCUGCGCUGUCGCCAGCGCCGGGCUCGACCGGCUCUCAGAACGGACAACGCCACCACCCGUUGCAGACAGUGUCGUCGCCAUCCGGGGUUCUGAACGUGGGUGCCAACAACCCGUUGACUAUGUACCUGAACCAAAUGUCCGCUCAGCAGACACAGGAGCAGGAGAACCGACUGAAUGACCCGAUGUCCUUGGCGGCUCUGCAAUCCCAAUCGCAGCCCCGGCCUCCGACCCCGCAGCCGCUGUACAACGGUUCCAGCCCGGAUGAGCUUACCAAUGGCAGCAGCAUCGAACCCCCGAUGCAUCAGCACAAGCCAUCCGCCAACGGGUAUUUGAACGUCUCCACUGGCCCCUCGGGACCCGGUCACCAUGCUACUGCAAGCACCAGUAGUUUGAGCGUGCCUCGUGCGCAGCACUCGCGGGCUGUUAGUUUGCCUUCGUUCUCCCAGGAGCCAUUUGGUCCCGUGUCCCAACCCGGACACGGCCGUCCAGGCAUCUCCCACGGACCGCAAGCUAGCUUCUCCAGCUUUACCUCUGCUUUGGGUGGACUUAACCACUCUGGCUUUGGCCUGGCCAUCCAGAACGACAACCACCUUCCCGGCUGGGCUGAAGAAGAAAUUGGUGCCAAAUAA